AUGGUGCUGCGACGUUUGUUGUGUUUUUUUGCUCUCCUGCUGAGUGUUCCCUCUCUCUGCACGUCCGCUAGCGGGGCUGCUGCAGCUGCUGAAGCUCUUCCUCCUGAAUCUCGUUGCACUUCUGCUCCUUCUGGUGAUUCUCGGCCUGAUUCUGACUGUCCUUCUUCUUCUGGUGUUCAUCCUCCAGGAUCUAGUGGUUCUUGCCCCACUGGUACCCAACAUUGUCCUGCUCCUGAUGCUGCCGCUGCUGCUGCUGCUGCCUCUAAAACUGCUACUGGUUCAUGUCCUGAUACUGGAUCUACUGGUGCUGAUACUGGUGAUACGUGUACUUCUCCUGCUCAAGAUGCAUCUGGUGGUAGUAAUGGUGGUAGGGAUCGAUCUACAGCAAGAGAACAUGAUUUAACAGGAAAAGCAGGUCAAGCUUCUUCUGGUGAAGGUGCUGCUGCUGGUGAAAGAGGUGAACAGGGUCCUGCUGGUGCUGGUGCUACUACUUGUCCUGAUGGUGAUGCAGAUAAUCCUAAUUGUUCCAAAGAUACAACAUUACCAAAGGGUCCGGUUAAAGCGGAAGGCCAUGCUGAGGCUUUACAAGGUCAAGAUGCUGCUCGUGGUGUUGGUGCACCAAGUAUAGGGUCUGCUGGUGAAGCAGGUCGCGCUGGUGCUCCAACUCAAGAGGAAAUUCCGGACCCUCGAGGAGAACAAGAGGCUGCUGCACCUACUGAUCCUGCUACGAGACCGGAGACACCUGCAAGUGCACCUGACACUGGAAUCAGAAGCAACAAUGAAGGAAGUGAAAGUGAAACAUCACAACCUCCAUCUUCUCCUAACGGUACAGCCCCAGCGGGUGAUGCUGGUUCUAAUCCUGCAUCGAAUGAAGAUGGUACAUCUGAAGGGACGGAAGCAACAAGCAACAUCGAAAGUGCAGAAAAUACAGAUACAACCACCACAACCACUACCACCACAACACUUCCUCCUGAACUCACAAAUAACAAGAAGGGUGAUGCAGACAACAGCAGCAGUAUCAGUUCUGUGUGGGUGCGUGUACCACUACUGAUUGUGGUUACACUGGCCUGUAUUCUUGUGUGCUGA